ACAUUUGUGCAUACAAUGUUAUCAAAUGUAAAGUUAACCAAGAUGACUAAAUGUUUGGUGGUAUGCCCAUUGAAUACAACCUUGAAUUGGGUGAAUGAGUUUGAGAUAUGGCUCUCAGAUGUUGACUUUGAAAUUGAGGUAUAUGAGAUGUCUAGGGUAAAGCAGAACUUUGAGCGUGCUCAGAUGUUAAAGGAAUGGCACGAAGGUGGUGCCGGUGUCAUGAUCCUCGGUUACGACAUGUACAGAAAUCUCGUGAACGGAAGUCACUGUAAAAACAAGAAACAGAAAAAAAUCUUUUACGAAACCUUAGCAGAACCAGGUCCAGAUCUCAUUGUAUGUGAUGAAGGUCAUAUAUUAAAGAAUGACGCUACAUCAUUAUCCAAGGCAAUGACAAAGAUUGAUUCACGGCGGAGAAUCGUACUGACUGGAACACCGCUACAAAAUAACCUGGGAGAAUAUCACUGUAUGGUUGACUUUGUGAAGCCGUCACUGUUAGGUACAAGGAAAGAAUUCAACAACCGAUUCUGUAAUCCAAUUACUAACGGUCAGUGUAGUGACUCGACACCAUUUGAUGUGAAACUGAUGAAACAUAGGGCACAUAUACUUCACGAAUUGUUGGCAGGCUGCGUACAGAGGAAAGAUUAUUCAGCCCUCACCAAAUAUUUGCCACCAAAGUUUGAGUAUGUGAUCUCAGUACGAUUGUCUGAAGUACAGAUGACUUUGUAUGAGAAUUACCUGUCUAUGAACUCCCUUGGUGGAACUGGGGAUAUAAAGAGUAAAGGGGCACGACUCUUCACUGACUAUCAGGCAUUAAUGAGAAUAUGGACUCAUCCAUGGGUGCUAAAACUGGACGAGAUUAGGCAGGAAAAUAAGCGUCAGUUUGAUGAUGAAGAUGAUGACUCAUUCAUCCAAGACAGUGGCAGUGAUGAAGAUUCCUUCGUUGAUGACUCGACCACUUCAGAAGAUAAUUCUUCAGGUGACGAGAGCACUAAUGAUAAAAAGAAGAAGAAGAGAAAAACAAGAGGUGACAAGGGGAGCUCGUCUUCUGAUGAAGAUUCAAAGAAAGAAAAUCCAGAUGAAGUUGUGAAGAAGUGGACGUCUAAACGUAGAGGAAAUGAAGAAGGAGCUGGUUCCUCUUGGAUGGAAGAUAUGGGAUACAGUACGGGACCAAAGGAAGUGACAUCAGAAUGGUGGGCGGAGUUUGUGAAGGAGGAGGAUGAGUUUAGACUUGAACUUAGUGGGAAAAUGACCUUAAUGUUUGAAAUCCUGAAAAUGUGUGAAGAUAUUGGUGAUAAAGUAUUGGUAUUUAGUCAGAGUUUGCUGUCGUUAGAUAUUAUAGAAGAUUUCUUGACGAAGAUUGACGAGGCAAACAACCCUGUAAAUGACACGACCGAUGCUAACAAACCAUCGACAUCUGGUGAGUCGAGUACUGAGGUGCCGAAGGAAAAUGGUGCAGAAAAGACUCAAGAGGAGAAAAAUAAAGAAAGAUUUUCUCAGUAUGGUAAAUCCUGGAGUAAGGGACUCGAUUAUUUUAGAAUGGAUGGAUCUACAAACUCGCAGCAUAGAAAAGCAUCACAAGAUAUGUUUAAUGAUCCUGAAAAUUACAGAGCACGUUUAUUCCUGAUCUCGACAAAAGCUGGGUCACUAGGUAUAAAUUUAGUAUCUGCUAACAGAGUUAUCAUAUUUGAUGCGUCGUGGAAUCCAUCACAUGAUAUCCAGUCUAUUUUCCGUGUGUACAGAUUUGGUCAAGUGAAGCCAGUAUAUGUGUAUAGAUUCCUAGCACAGGGUACAAUGGAGGAGAAGAUUUAUGAACGUCAAGUUACAAAGCAGUCGUUGUCACAGAGAGUUGUUGACGAGCAUCAGAUAGAGCGUCACUUCACAUCAAAUGAUCUUCAAGAACUGUACAAGUUUCAACCAGAUCGACUCAAUGAUCCAAGUAAAAAAGAUCGGCCAUUACCUAUACUACCAAAGGACCAUAUGUUAGCUGAGUUGAUGACAAACAACAAGGAAUGGAUCGUGACAUACCACGAGCACGACUCUUUACUCGAGAAUGUUGUAUCACAAGAACUGACAGAAGACGAGAAGAAGGCUGCCUGGGAAGAUUACGAAGAUGAAAAGAAGGGCAUUAAUAAAGCAAUGGGAAGUGCACACUUGAAUCCGGCACUUUUUGCUACACAGCAGAUGAACAUGCAGAAUCUACUGAUGCAGGGUCAAGCUAACCUUGGUCAAGCUGCAGUGCUACAAAUAGUGCAGGAUCUUAAAGCAAGGUUCCCGAACCUGCCACCAGAGGUAUUCCAGCAGCGUGUACAGGCUGUAUUGAGACAAGUUCUCACACAACAGAUCAUGCAGCAGUCGGAGUUGCAGAGAAGACAGUUGGAGCAGCAGAGAAUGAACGAGUUGAAUCGUUUGAACCAGAUAAAGCAGCAGAUUCAGCGUCAGCAAGCUAUGAUAAACAACCAGCAGAGAGUGUACGGCAUGGGCGCGAACCCUGGUCUUGGCCCUAACCUUGGCAUGCAGUCAUUGAUGACGCAGGCGCUCCGACCACAGACAUUGAGUCAGCUACAAAUACGUGCUAGUGGCAUGAACACUAAUUUAAACACUAAUUUAAGUAACGAUCAACAAAAGAAAUGAGGAUUGUUUACAGUUUAGUUUAGCGUAGACAUUGAAUGCUAGUGCUGAAGUCUGGAAAUACAAGGGCAUAUGUUGGACAGAUCAUUUCAUGUAGAAUUAUUCUAAUAUUAUUUAGAUGAACUUAUUGAAGAUAUUUUUAAUUCUCUGUCUGAAAUCUUGACAAUUUUUGUCAUGUUGCCCACAAUGUAGUGAGUUUUAAUGUAGUCUACGAAGUGUUUACAGAUAUUCAUCAUUUCCUUCAAAUCACUAAGUUUUAUGGCAUUUCAUGGUCAUCGCACACAACUUUUAAUUGGUCUUAUAGGUCUUAACUAUUUGUUUGCUAUGCUAUUUGAUAACAUUGUAGUGUUUGCUUGGGACUGUCAUAUUUUUAAUCCUUUAUUUCUUACAGAUGGAAAGAAUUUUGUAUUGUAUUCUAUAUUAAACAGUGUACAGGAGGUUCUGUCUUUGGUUAAAAAAAUUUAAAUGAAAUGCUUUGAAUUGCUAUAAUAGGUAUUGUUGGAAAUUGGGAUAAUUGGCAAUACAUUUAAAGGCUUGCAAGUUUUGUCCAUGCAUAUCAAAUAGAAGAUUGGUUUUUAUUUGGAUAAUUGAAUUAUAUAAUGUAAAUUUGGAGACUGUUUUUUAAAUGGGGGUGGGGUUGUACUUGUUUAAUUUGCAAACUUUAACUUUAAAGUUGAUUUUAUUAUCAGGUUAUAUAAUCUAAACAAAGAAUUAACAGUUAUCCCGCUAAAAAUAUAAAAUAAGCUCGCCCAUCUUUCAAUCUGGACAAAACCAUUCAUCAUUUUUAGGGGAAAUAUCAAAAUAUGUUCCAACUAAAUAGCAAACUGUGUAGACCAUAAUCAGACAGAACAGUUGUGUUGACCUUUGUCUAGCCUGGUGUUGUGGCUAGAUUCGGUCCCCUCUGGCAGGCUAAGAAAUAAGGUUAAAUAUUUUAUUGAGUCAGUACUAGUGAUUUUACUUACAGCCAUUAUAACUGUGAUAAUCUAAACAACCUUGAACAUGUGUAUGGUGUUGAUAAAUUUCUAUUUAUAGAAUAUUGCUUUUUUUAACAUUUGUCCUUCCUUUAUUUUGUGUUUGAGAAUUCAUUUUCACAUUUGCUUUCUUUAAUUCCGUUUGAAAAUUUGUUCUUUUUUUGAUAUAUGUUCCCUUUCCAUACAAUUUCAGUCAUAUUUUUGUUUUUGUUUAAUUUCAUAAAAUAUGAUGACAUCACGUUAAUCAUCACAACAUGUUAGUUCAUACAAUUUACCUUGAAUAAUAAUUAUGAUUUUGAAAUAAAUAACUUACAUGUACAGAUUAAAAAUCAUUACAUGAAUCAGGCAUUCAUUGUACCGGUAGUGUAAGAGUAUUGUGUUAGCAAAUUAAAACCAUGCCCUCUGAUACAAUACAUGUAUCAUUGUAUAUCUAACACUGCCAUUGGUCUAUUUCAAAUUUUUAAAUCUCAUUUCAGCCAAUCAAAUGCUAGUAUCUUAAGACUGGUUCUAGUAUAGUAGAAUGUUGUUAAAAACAACAACAUAAAAUGUUGAUUCAAAUUCUUAAAUAGUGUUUGUUGUAAGAAGAAAGGAAAGAAUCCAAGACCCUUGUAUCUUCAGCAAACAAAAACUCUUGGUAUAAAAUUAGAAAUUUAUUGAUUAGAACCCUUUAUGAUCUUACCUGGUUUCAAUAUCCGCGCAGUCUGGUCAGGAUCCAUGCUGUUCACUUAUCAACUCUAUUACAAGUAGAGAAACUGAUAGCGAACAGCAUGGAUCCUGGUCAGACUGCGCAGGCUGGUCUGGAUCCAUGCUGGUCGCAAACCCAUUAUGUUGGUCGUGAUGCGGCUCAUUUUACAUACAGUCAAUAUUCAACAGUUCCUGUUCUGAAUCUGAUUCUGUUUGUCGAUUAAUUUCAAAAUCAUUUGACAGCAGUAUUAAAAUCUGAUCCAAUGACAAAUCCUUUUCAUAAAAAUACUAAAUAAAAUUUUGAAAUUUAGCGUUUAGCCUCUGUUGAAAUUUUCGAACAUUUUGUUUUUCUUCUAUGUGAUUUGUGUUUUGUUCUUAGAUAACAUGAUUGAACUGUUAAGGUAUUUUAUAGUACCUAGAUGCAAGAUUAAGAUUAAUGCAUACAUUAAGGAUCGUGCAUCUUGGUAGAUUUGAUUUAUAAAAAUAUUAUUCCACUCACUGUCACAUACUAUAUAUAUUUUUAUAUCAUUAUCAAUUUUAAUAUUAUGUAGAUAAGGUUUAAAUCAUUAUUAUACAAUUAUGAUGAUCAAAGCGAAUUGGAUUAAUUAAUUAGUGUCUACUACUUACAUUUUAUGUAUUAAUAACAAUGUUUAAUUGGUUUAAUUGAAAGGGUGUCAUGGCUUGACUGUGUAAUAUUGUUUGUGCAUGGAACCAUAUAUAGAGCAAUGUCUCAGUGAUCUGCCUUCACAAGAUAAAAUGGAUGAUGAUGAUGAUGUGAUUUGUGGCUUUAACUAAGCGGUUUGGGGUGUUUAUUUUUUGUGUAUUUUCAAUGGUGCAUUUAUUGUCAUACAUCAUUAUCCAAUCCAUUAUAUUCCUCUACAAUGUCAUUAUGAUAUAAGUAACUUCUAUGUAUCAACUCAUCUCUGAAUUGUGUUAGGUCAUGUGCUGAUCAUUCUUUGCUUCUAACAUGAUGAAUAAAUGACAAAUUUAAAGUACCAACUAUAGUUAGUUUAUACAGAAUUUAGUUUAGGCGAUUGUGUAUGAAAUUAUUAGCUUAAAGACACACUCUCAAAAAUAAAUAUUUACUAUAGAUGGAGAAUUAAGGUAGGUUUUUUUUUAAUGACAUAUACUAAAUUUGUUUACAUACUUUUCCUGCUUUGCAUUUGGGACUGUCUCUUAUAAAAAUAUUAUUUCAAAAACAAAAUAUACCCCGAGCAUACAGCUAUAUAACAGUUACGAGUUAAAUCAAACUUCAUUGACAUCGGAUAUCUUGUAAAGCUAUUUCAUUCAAUGGGAAUACAAUUAUACCAUUUUUAUAUGGUUCAGAAGAUUGGGGUGUUGGAAAUGAUGGGUAUGAGAAUGAUGAAUGCCAUGAUCUAUUUAUAGAAGUUGAUAUUAAAUCAUUUCAGUUGUAAAUUAUUUUUGCUGUUGUCAUCUUAAAAAAAAAUUAAUAAAAGUUGAAGGAAA